AUGGGCGAGACAACACACACCGGCGGAGGCCCCCGCCAGCUGCCGAGCUUCGCCGUCAACAUAAUCCGGGGCCGCUGGUUCUCCCUCUUCGCCUCCUUCCUCAUAAUGGCUGGCGCCGGAGCCACCUACUUGUUCGGGGUCUACUCCAAGGAUAUCAAAUCCUCCCUCGGCUACGACCAGACCACACUCAACCUCCUCGGUUUCUUCAAGGACCUCGGCGCCAACGUCGGCGUCAUAUCCGGCCUCAUCGCCGAGGUCACCCCGACCUGGUUCGUGCUGCUCACCGGAUCCGCCAUGAACUUCGCCGGGUAUUUCAUGAUUUGGCUCUCCGUCGCCGGAAAAAUCCGCCGCCCACGGAUCUGGCAAAUGUGCCUCUACAUCUGCGUCGGUGCCAACUCCCAGAACUUCGCUAACACCGGCGCCCUCGUCACCACUGUCAGGAACUUCCCGGAGAGUCGCGGCAUCGUGCUCGGGCUGCUCAAGGGUUUCACCGGGCUUAGCGGCGCGAUUCUGACCCAGAUUUACCUCGCCGUCUACGGCAACGACUCGACGGCGCUGAUCCUCCUCAUCGCCUGGCUGCCGGCCGCCCUCUCAGUGGUUUUCGUGUACACAGUUCGUGUGAUUAGAGCUCCCAGGCAGGAAAACGAGGUCCGCGUGUUCUACCAGCUCCUCUACGUCUCGAUUGUGCUCGCGAUUUUCAUAAUGGUGAUGACGAUACUUCAAAAAAUCGUCAAUUUCUCUCAGGCGGCUUACGCCGGGAGUACAACCGUGGUCUGUGCUUUACUGUUUGUACCUCUGUUCAUCGCUAUUAGGGAGGAAUCUUCUGUGUUACGCAGGAGCCAAAGGGAAACUUCCAUAAAUGCCCCUAGUGUAACCGUUGAUGAUCCGAUUCCAGCUAAAAUCCCCACAAACCAAGACCACAGCACGAAAACGACGCCGUCCUGCUUUAGCAAUAUAUUCAACAAACCAACCAGAGGAGAAGACUACACCAUACUACAGGCGCUCCUGAGCACCGACAUGCUCGUUUUGUUCCUUGCUACAUUCUGCGGGCUCGGGUCGAGCCUGACUGCGGUAGACAAUUUGGGUCAAAUCGGAGAGUCUUUAGGUUACCCGACCAAAACGAUAAAAUCGUUCGUCUCCCUCCUAAGCAUAUGGAACUAUUUCGGCCGGAUUUUUGCCGGGUUCGUGUCAGAAGAUCUUCUCGCCAAGUACAAAUUCCCGAGGCCGCUCAUGAUGACGAUGGUCCUCUUCCUGUCGUGCAUCGGGCUUUUGCUGAUUGCAUUCCCGUUUUCGGGCUCCGUUUAUGUGGCGUCGGUCAUAAUCGGGUUCUCGUUCGGGGCCCAAUUGCCGUUGAUUUUUGCGAUAAUUUCCGAGCUGUUUGGUUUGAAGUAUUAUUCGACUCUGUUCAAUUGUGGGCAACUGGCCAGCCCGCUUGGUUCGUAUGUGCUGAACGUGAAGGUGACGGGCCCACUUUACGAUCGGCAGGCGUUGAGGGAGCUGGCCCGAAAGGGGAUGACAAGGUCGGAUGUGAAGGAAUUGACGUGCAUUGGGGUCAAGUGUUACCGGUUGGCUUUCGUGAUUCUUGCGUCCAUCACAUUCUUUGGGGCAGUCGUCUCAUUGAUUUUGGUGGCCAGGACGCGGGAGUUUUAUAGGGGUGAUAUAUACAAGAAGUUCAGGGAUGGGGCUGAGGGGGAUAAAGGAGAAUUGGGUUUGUCUGUGACCCAGAAAUGA